AUGGCCAAGAAAGUCCCUAUCCCUAGCACUCUCAGCCUCGCAGCCUUCUUCGUGCGCAUCGCUACGGCCGCCGUCUAUCGCGCCCUCACCUAUCCCAUCCGCCGCCUCACCAACUCUCCUCGCGCUCCCACUUUCACUAAAGAUGUCUUUUUCGCUGCAGUCCGUGCCGGCUGCGACGUCGUCCAAAUCGCACACAGCAGAUACUUGAUGCCCUCAACAACAGACCUCUACCACCAGUUCUGCGCCGCAAACAAAAUUGCGCCUCGCUCGCUGGAAGUAUCACUGCCUGAUUCGAAAGAUGUGGUAGCCGCGCACUGGAUCGGCGAGCCCGAUGCAGAUGUCGUUGUGUUGUACUUCCACGGCGGAGGGUACACGCAAGCCGGGACGGAGGGCUAUCUGCGCUUCUGGACGCAGACCGUGAAAGAUCUGAAUACCGGUUCGAGAAUAAUGGCGGUGCUGCAGCUUGCUUACAGUCUUGCGCCAGAGGCGCAGUAUCCGAGACAGCUCCAGGAAAGUGCUGCUGUGCUGGCGCAUCUGAUUGCUGCUGAACGGUCACCGUCGAGUAUUAUUCUCGCGGGCGAUUCUGCGGGCGGAAAUAUGGUGUUGAGUCUACUAUCGCAUGUUUUGCAUCCGCAUCCGAGUGGAGAUGUUGCGAGGAUUGAGUUGAAUCAGGAAAAGAUCGGAGGCGCGCUGAUGAUCAGUCCGUGGGUCACGUUUAGCCAGGAGCAUGAGAGUUUCACGAACAAUCGGGGGAAGGAUAUGUUGUCGCCGCGGCAGCUGCGGCGGUAUGCGGGAAUGUUUCUCGCGCCCUCUAGUAAUCCGGAAACCGACCCCGGACGUGUGCACGGGGACGCGUACACAGAACCUCUGCACAACGACCCGUCUUGGUGGAAAGGGCUCCCCCGUGUUGUCAGCGAAGUGCUUGUCUGGUCCGGUGGAAAUGAGCUCUUCGCAGAUGCGAUUGCGGAUUUUGAGUGGGUCUUCCGUGAAGGAUGGUGCCAAGGGGGAGACGAGGAUGGGGGAGACGAGUGUGAAAACGUCGUGUUCGUGCAAAGUCCGGAGAGAGCGCAUAUUGAGCCUAUUUUGAGCGUCAUGCUGGAACAGGGUGUGAAGGGAAAGCAUCAGACUGUCAUAGAGGAGUGGAUGAAGGCCAGGCUAGAGAAGAGUGGGUAG